CCACAAAAGCGCCGGGCCGUCGAGCGAUGUCCGCUUCCAUGCUUUCCGCUUUCAUCUCCGCGCCUGCACUGCCAAGCCAGCCACCUGUCUCGCGCCCCAGCUCUUAUUUAGCACCCGUCUCGCGUCCCAGCAUCCGACUUUCGCACAUCGCCCCGCCUCAUGGGCCUCUUCUCCUCGCUCCCCAUCUUCGGCAGCAAGUCGCGCUCCUCUCCGUCUGCCGAGCAGCCCAAGCCGCACCCCGCCGACAAGCACGCUCCCGUCACCUCGACGCGUGUGCGCCACUACCACCAGCCCACCACCUCGGCCGCCGCCUGUGCCCGCUACGAGCACGAGCCGGUCGGCAGCCCACGCACGUCUGAAGACGUUAAGCGUGCCUACCUCGCCUCGCAUCCUGAGCUCAACAGCCACAGCGCCGCCUCGUCGCCGAGCGCCUCGCGCACACCCUCCGCACACGGACACGCUGAGCCACAGCGCCGUUUCUCGUAAUGCCUAGCAAGCCGACACACACACGCGGCAGCGCCGCCGAGCAGGGCGCUGCGCUGCGUGCCCAGCUCGCCAAGCAGCAGGGCCAGUCUGCGCCCAGCGAGAAGCCUGCUGCCCACGCCGCACCUCGCGAGAAGCCUGCUGCCAAGUCACGGCCUGUGUCGCAGGCGCCCGUCGAGUCUGAGAAGCCAAAGCCGGCAGUUGCACCGGCAGCCCGCCAGCAGAGCGACGAUCACCAGACGCUUGCGGCUGCGCACGAGCCGAAGACUGAGAAGUCUGGAUCUUCCGCAGCGCCGAAUCUGGACAAGAAAGGCCGUGUCUACCCCCUGACUGGCAUCGACAAUCUCGCGCUGCUGAUGGAGAACGACCGGUACUCGACGGUGUGCUACUCCAUGUACCUCUUCCGCACCGCGCUCGACGACGACACCAUCUACCGCUUCUUUGAGCGGCUGGCCACGAGCUACCCGAAGUUUGGCUACCGCGUCGAGCUCGACCCGCGGCGUGCCGGCCGUGAGGAGAAGGCUCGCCGUUCCGCCGAGCGCAAGGGCGAGGCGCCUCCGAAGCGCAACAUCACCGAGGAGGACCGGCGUGGCAGGCGCACGCGCUUCUCGCACAGCAUCAAGGCCGGCAGCCUCUUCCGGCCGGCACGCUGGGUGUACGCGGAUGACUUCCACGUGCGCGACAACAUCGAGAUCGUAGAGCAGUGCCCCGACGGCGGCGACGAGGCGGCGCUCUUUGCCGUCGCUGGCAAGUUUCUCUCGCGGCACUUUGACUACAGCAAGCCGCUGUGGGAGGCGCUGGCCGUGCGUGGCCUCAACACGGCCGAGGGCGCACAGAGUGCCCUCAUCGUCAAGGUGCACCACGCCGUGUCGGACGGACAGGGCAUGAUCAUGUCGUACCACACGGCGCUCGGCUCGCUCGCCAGCGACCGGCCCGUCGCCGACAUCCAGGCGCAGUUCGACCGCAAGACGAACAGCGGCGAGCAGAAGAAGCCCGGCCAGCGCAACAUCAAGCCGACGCUUUGGGGCACGACGAAGCACGGCUUCCACACGGCCCGCGGCCUCUGGACUCGGCCACGCAAGGCGUUCGAGUACCCGGAGAAGCCGCGUGCGCCGGGCCGCCUCUACCACCACAGCGAGGGCAUCACGAUGGACAACAUCAAGCUCGUGCGCAAGGCCUUCUCGAACCCCGACAAGCAGCUCAACCUCAGCCUCAACGACGUGGCCUGCGCCAUCCUUUCGCGUGCGCUGCGUCUGGCCGCCGAGCGCACCGAGAACGGCCCCAUCAAGGACAAGCGCACGGCCAUCUUUGUGCCGAUCUCCAAGCGCCCGCCGGGCAACUGGGAGCUUUCGAACUUUACGACCGGUGCAAUUGCCUGGUUCGCCUUCCACGAUCCGAAGGACGUGCCCUUCGAGAAGCAGCUCGAGCAGGUGAAUCGCGAGAUGGGGCGCAUCAAGCGCUCGCACUGGCCGAACAUCUGGUACACGUCCUUCGGUUGGGUCUCGAAGCACCGUGCCCUCUUCCUGCCGAAUUGGCUCGGCUGGCAGUGGUUCUUCGAGCGCACCUAUCGCGAGUACAGCGUGGCGACAAAUGUGCCCGGCCCGCCGAAGCCCGUCAAGUUCGGCGAGCACGAGGCCUUCUCCUACCACGUGCUGCCGCCGAGCUCGCCGGGCAAGUCGACGCUGAGCAUCGGCAUGAUCUCGUACGCCGACGAGUUCUCGCUCGCCGUCUCGUGCGACGACGUGCCGUCGCUGCAGCGCCUGCCUCGCGAGAUAUGCAAGGCCUUCCAGGACGCCGCAGCCGAGCUCGUCGAGGCGAGCAAGGCCAAGCUCGCCGCCGCGAAGUAGAGUAGCCUCGCGCGUCCGCCUCGCAUGUCUCUAUUUCCCACGCUCUCUGCUCCUAAGUUUCCUCAUCGACGGGCCCUCGCUGCUGCACGAGGCCCGCCCACCCGCUGCGAAGCGCGGCUACCUGUACUACUUCCUUCUCGUGCCUCACUAAUGUAUCAGCUUGUCAAU